GUCAGGGAGGUAGAGAGACGAGUGUUUCUCUUUGUACUCAGAGAAGAGUUGAGGCCGCUGCCAUCUCUUUUUAUAUAAGCGGAGUUCGCCUGCUGGAAAUAGAACAAUAAGCCGGUUCCUCUCGUCCUUCAGACCAUUUUUAUUUGUCUUUUUCCCCGGAACACCAACAAGCACCAGAUCUUCUCCCUCCUCUCGCCUCGUUGCCUUCCACACCUCCCCGGUUCUUUCUCACCCCCCCUCUCCCAACCACCAACACCACUGGAGAAACCAGCGGCCAUGGCUGCCGUCACCAGCCCGGAGACGAGCCCUCCGGCCCGGGUGUACUUCCAGACGCCGGCCGGCACCGCGGAGGAGCCGGAGACGCCGGUUCGGAAGCAGGGACGUGUCACCGUCAAAUACGACCGCAAGGAGCUGAGGAAGCGGCUGAACCUGGAGGAGUGGAUCAUCGACCAGCUCACGGACCUGUACGACUGCGAGGAGGAGGCCAUCCCAGAGCUGGAGAUAGAUGUGGACGAGCUGCUGGAUAUGCCCAGUGACACUGACCGUGCAGCCAGGGUCAAGGAAUUGGUGGUUGACUGUUACAAACCUACCGAGGACUUCGUCUCAGACCUGCUCGACAAGAUCCGAGGGAUGCAGAAGCUCUCCACGCCUCAGAAGAAAUGAUGGAGUCCCUGCUCCUCCUGCCCUUCCUCCCCGGCAUCCUCCCGCCUCCGCCCUCACCUCUCGUCUUCCUAUCCUUCCCCAUUCUUUUUUGUAUUCUAACGUCAAUCUUCUUCCAUUGAGGAUAUUUUUUGUUCCUCAUGUCGUUAGGCCCUCUGUUCUUAUCCCCAUUCUUGUUUUUUUUUCUCCUCUUCAUCACAUCCUCUUCUCUCUCGUUGCCUGGAUCCAGUCCCAUUAAUCACUUUUAUUUCAGAUUUUUCUGACAUCCCCUGUUUAUUUGAGGAACUUCCUCUGUAAAAUACCAUCAGCAAAGAAAGAAAGAGCUCAUAAUUGAUCGAGAGCAAGCAAUUCAUCAGCCCUGAUACCAGGCGCUCGCCUUUCCUCCUUCACCCUUUAUCCGGCUCUGCCUCUCCCUCAUCCAGCUCCUCCAUCUGUCGGAGGAGGAAGAGGAGGGGAGCACAGAAGAAUCCCAUAAUUACUGGGAGCAGCCGAGAGUGGGAAGAGCCAGAGCUGGCAGAAGCCAAGAAACUAGUGGAUGGGUGAACGCUGGACGAGGGUUCAAAGGAGGAAGCAGCCAAUCUUGGCUCACGUCUCAACCAAUGAGACUCCUUAUUUUAUUUGUAAGAGAUUUGAAACCAGCCACCCACCCCAAUUCUUACGCUGCUUUCUUUUUCACUCUGAGGGCGUGGAGUUAAUAUUCACUUGACUUUAGAUUUAACCUUUUCGAGGUCAGUACAGCAAAUUUUCCACCUUAAAUCAAAGGUAUUUGCUACAGUGGUGCAUUUAAUGACUUUUUUUCCGUGUGUGUCUGUUGAAAAAACUGCACUGUCAUUUUGCGAGGAAAAACUGAACCUCUGACCACAAGGAGUAUUGUACGGUGUAUUUUUAGUCCAGCGAAGAGGCCAAUUUGAUCCUGGGCACGAUGGUUGUACCCAAAAGAAAGUCACUGGUUGGCUGCGGUGGUCAUCUACAGAAAUGAAUGGUUUUAGGAGUAGGAGUAGAUUCUUUUGGGUUGGGCGUGUUUGACUAGAUUUUAAAUUCUUUCCUCGGAUACGUAGGUCUGUACAAAGACGGCGAUUUAGAAGCCCUGCGUGUGUGCGGCCUGCACACACACGUGUACGUCUGUGUGUUCAAAUGCUACGUGUGUGUGUGUUGCUACAUAAUGUACAGCAACAUUCUCGUGAGGGUUUUUUCCUGGCCUGUAUAUUCUGCUGUUCUGUACGACAUAUUUGAAUUUUAGAAGAGGACUGGUUCCUGUUUUAUUUUGUUAGUUUUUUUGUUGCACACACGCUCACACUGACAGUCCGACAGGGGGACCUGAAACAAAGCUGCCUUGUGUUUUCUUUUCUUUCUUUUCUUUCUAACAACCCCUCCCCUUCUCUCUCUAUUUCUCGCUGUUUCCCCCCUUUCUUCGAAGAAAUCCUAUAGUCCACCACGUGGUGUUGUCACGUUGCAGCGGUCACGUGUCUCCUGUGCGGACACUUUUUGUCCGCCUGUCACAUCAGUGGAGCCACCAACUAGACGUCGGAGUGGGAGCGAUGGAGGCCGCUGCUUUGAAUUUGAAGCCGUCUAAAUGCACUCAUCCCUCUUUUCUUCCGUUAUUCUUUCUCAUGCACUCACACAGACUCACACAGACACACACACACACCCUUGGGGCAGCGGAGACGCAUUAGCAAACACAGCUGCCUCUUACACAGAUGUGAACACACUCACACACUGAGUGCAGAGUAUAAGGACAGAGUUGGAGAGCGAGUGGUCCUUAGCUGACACAAGAUCCGCGUCCCUGUGCCGCCAAUGCCAAUCAUCUCGAAGAAUAAGCCAUCUGUUUCCCAUCCUGAGCCAAUCAGAUUGGAGACCGAAGCCUGUUGGCCAAUAGGAGGAGCGGUGACAUCCGCCGUUACCAAUUGCUAACACCUGCGGUGACAGCAGACCUCCACUGUCUGCCUCUUUCUCUCUCAGCACCAACACACACACACAUAAACAAAUACACACACACACACACACUGGCCCAUUUUCAUCCUGCUGCUCUGUCAUUUCCCUCUCUCCUCCAUUCUCCUCCCUCUGUCCACCCUCCCCUUCUAUCCUUUCUUUCUUUUUUUUUCUUUUUUGAAAAACAGAUGUUGCCUUAGGUAUUAUUUAUGUUACACAAACCAAAUAAACGGGAGACAUUCAUUUUGAAAACUGCGACAUAAACGUGUGUUGCUGAGCAGAACUGCGGCAUGUGGAGAAUCUCAGAUCUACAGUCGCUCCUUUUUCUCUUUUUUCUUGAAAAACAAAAUGAGAUUCUGGUGUUUCUUUUUGUAGAAGUGUGUGUGUGUUUAAUACUUAGGCCUUGAUACAGUGAUUUUGUUUAGAUAAAAACCAACGUUCUUUACAUUUACAUUGAAUACUGGUCUGUUUUUAUUGUGAUCAUGACACUUCUUGAUGCCGGGCCUUGGAUUAUUAUAUCUGAGCAGAAAUCCAUUCAGAUUAAUGUUGGUGUGGUUGUGUUUUCUCCUUCCUGGUUGCACCUCCAAACCCAGCAUCGUCUGCAGAGACAUUGUGAUUGGUCGGAUCGUAACCAUGUGAGCUCAAUCCUCUCAAUUUGAAUGGAUUUUAAUUUCUAAAUCCAGUUUUGGAUUAUACCUUCUUAGACUGUUAUUGAGCGGUCGGUUUUUUUACUGUUGGGGGAAAAUUGCAAAAAAAAUUUAAUGAUUAUAUAUAUGCUGAUUAUUAUCAUUGAGGCUAAACCAUGUGGAUUGAAGGAGCGGUGGUAUUUUUUUGGGACAAUGAUUAGAUCAAACCAACCAACAAAUGUAGCAAUAUCAACAACAGGUCUUGUUUUUGCCCAAUUUUGUUACACUUUUAUGCAACUUUAAUAAAAACAUGUAAAAUGGA